AUUCCUGCCACUGACGUUAGUUUGUCCGUGUUACGCUCUAAUACGGAUAAACUACAUCACAACAACUGCAGAAAUGCAUAUGGAACACGACGGAAAUCGUCCGUAUAUGGACAAGUUGUUUUCUCAGGACCAGGCACUCUGCUACGAGGCUCUUGUGGAACUGAAGAAUUCUGUUAUUGGUAGUAAUAAACAGAAGAGCAAUGUGAUACUGCAGGGAGUUGUUCCAAGGUUGAUGCAGUUUCUGCUAGAGGACAGCACCGGCAUUGAGUUUCGUCUGUGGCAUCCUAACCAGCAGUACGUCGAGGCGUGUGUUAGAUGUCUGCGCAGCAUCCUCAUGUCUCCCAUCUCUCCAGCAAACGUCGUAUAUCAGGACGAGACGAUUGUUCCGCACAUGAUCGCGCUGCUUCCUCGCUCGUCAACGACGAAGGAAUGCGUCACCAGCAUCCUAGCAGACUGUUGCCGGACGGUCGAUCAUCAGACGAUACUGUGCAACAGUGGCGCCAUCCAGGUGAUGGCUCCGUUACUACAGGAAGAUAACUAUCGUGUUCAGAUGCCGACACUGAAAUGUUACGCUGCGAUGUGUUAUCAGAAUCCUCACGUCUCUCAACUCAUCACAGACGCGUAUUACAACGGACGCUAUGUGACGGACAGCAUUGUUGUACUUCUGUCACGAGACAAAACACUCCACAUGCAGAUGGCAGCAGCUAAGUGUGCGAUGCUGAUCAACAUGGCGUUCCAGGCUGAGCAGAAGGUAAAGUCCAGCAUCCUCGUAACCCUGGGAACCGACCAGCUGUUCCGUCUGCUAGCCGAUGCAGACGUCAAUGUUCUCAUGAAGACGCUGGGACUGCUACGCAACCUGCUGACUACCAAGCCUGCGUUGUGUAUACUCGCGAACAUUGCCGACGGAAAUUCUGCUAAAGAGUUCGUCAUGUCGAAUGAGGACGUGCUGAAAAAAAUUACCAGCUACAUGAUGCAUUCGAAUGUAAAGUUACAGAUUGCAGCCACGUUCUGCAUCUCCAAUCUCAUAUGGAAUGAGGAGGAAG